GGGAGCGAAAGAGCAAGGCCAAAGCGGCUACCAGCUAAUGGUUGGAGACCUCUUCCUAAAGAUUUUGAGCCAGCUAGGUGUGUAUCGUGGAUUCAUUGAUAACUAUGAGAGUGCUGUUGAGAUCGUGAGGAGGUGUACUCAGACUGACCAGCGCUUCAGGAUACUGGCCGAGAGUAUGAUGUCUCAUAAUGGAUCAGACAGAUCUAAAACGAAAUACACCUUUGAGGCUCUCCUGUACAAGCCUCUGGAGAGAAUCACCAAGACAACCCUAGUGCUGCAUGACCUGUUGAAACACACUCCCCAGCAGCAUAGUGACCACCCCGUGCUGCACGAGGUUCUGAGACUGUCCCGGAGCUUCCUGUCUGGGGUCAACGAGGGAUCACAGUGCAAACGAGAGGUCACCCUCAGCAGAGGCAUGCGGCGCCAGCUGAUUCGUGACGGCUUCGUGGUGGAAGUGUGUGAGGGGGGGCGUAACCUUCGCCAUCUCUUCCUGUACACUGACCUGCUGCUGUGCACCAAACUCAAGGCGGUGCCCAAGGUAAGCAGGCCCAGUACAGGUUUGUUGGUACCUGCCUCUGGCUGGACUGAAACUCCACUGGGGACCAGAGAUGGAGCGCACUACAGACACACACCACCGCAUACAUGCCACGAGAGCCAAGAUGUACCUGCUUAGACACGAGCUGCGACAGACAAUGAAGCCUGUCCCACAGAAGUGCUUGGCAGCUCGUACUAUAGAGCGACAGAUGGAAGAAGAUGGAGCAGCUUGAACUGAUGAUUCUGACACACUCUCCUCUCCUCCCGCUGGAACUACACAGCCCCAGCGGAA